AUGAUACUUUUAAAUUUGAUAUAUGUGUUAUGGGUGGUCGUUGUACCAAUCAUAUGUCAUACACCCGAUGAGCAGUUAUUAGCUCGUGAACCAAGUAAAUUAACAGGAUGUAUAGUUAUAUUUACGCCACAUUAUGAUCCAACAACUCCACAGCAAGUAACUGAAACGAAUGAUCGAAUUAGAAUUCUCAUGGAUAGCUAUAGGAAAUAUGUUGAGAACGAAUUAGAGAAUACGGUUAAAUUUGAAUAUUCUACGGUGUUUUACGGAAUGGCGAUUGAGUUCAAUAAUUUGGACAAAAUUCAUGAAAUGAUUAUCCAGAGCCUGUCUAUAGAAGUGGAUAGGCUAGAUAUUGACAAUUACGAAUUAAUGGAACUGGAGAUCAAGAAAUUGUUCCAAAACUACAGGAAGGAUGAAUUAAGUAAAUAUGGAAUCGACUUGGUUUAUCAAUCGGACACACCUGUGUCUAUUGAUGAGCCAAUGAUGUAA